UCAAGCUGUCGAUGAAAGAUUGUGUAAGGACCACAGGGUAGUGGCUACAGGAGUCUCUCUGGAUACAACUCUGCUUUGUGUUUCUUUCCUAUCCCCCCCUCCCCUCUCUCUCUCUCUCUCUCACUCUCUCUCCUCUCCUGGAAGAAGCAGGACAUAAAUACAGACUUCCACAAUGGAUAUUGGGAAAACGAACGUCAGCAUCAAUAAGGCCAUUAACGCACAGGAAGUUGCUGUGAAGGAAAAACAUGCCAGAACAUGUAUUCUGGGUACGCAUCAUGAAAAGGGUGCUCAAACCUUCUGGUCAGUGGUGAACCGGUUGCCUCUGUCCAGCAACGCAGUCCUUUGUUGGAAAUUUUGUCACGUAUUUCACAAGCUGCUUCGAGAUGGACAUCCAACUGUUCUUCAGGACUCCAUACGAUACAAAAAUGAGCUUAGUGACAUGAGCAGAAUGUGGGGUCAUUUAAGUGAAGGUUAUGGGAAACUGAGCUGCACCUACCUCAAGCUACUAAUAACAAAGAUGGAAUUCCACAGUAAGAAUCCCAGAUUCCCAGGCAACCUUCAGAUGACAGACAGACAACUCGAGGAAACAGGGGAAAAUGAUGUAAAUAAUUUUUUUCAGUUGACAGUGGAAAUGUUCGAUUAUCUGGAGUGUGAGCUCAACAUUUUUCAGGCAGUUUUUAGUUCUCUGGACAUGUCAAGAUCAGUCUCCGUAACAGCGGCUGGCCAGUGUCGGUUGGCACCUCUAAUUCAGGUUAUUCUUGACAGCAGCCACCUCUAUGAUUACACAGUUAAACUUCUCUUCAAGUUACAUUCCUGUCUCCCAGCUGACACAUUGCAAGGUCAUAGAGAUCGGUUUCAUGAACAGUUUAAAAAACUUAAAGAAUUAUUUUAUAUAUCCAGCAAUUUACAAUAUUUCAAGCGACUGAUCCAGAUUCCACAGCUUCCAGAGAAUCCUCCAAACUUCCUGCGAGCCUCAGCUCUAUCUGAACAUGUCAGCCCUGUUGUAGUGAUACCUGUCGAGUCUACCUCCCCUGACAGUGAGCCGGUUGUGGAAACUGAUGAAUUGGUUGAGAUGGAUCCAUCAUCCCAACAGAAUUUAUUUGAGAAUAAAUUUGAUGACCUCUUUGGAAGUACUGGCCCCACUGACCCAUUCAAUUUUAAUAAUCAGAAUGGAAUGUCGAAGGAUGAAAGGGAUAAGUUGAUUGACCAACUCUACAAGGAGAUUGCAGCUCUGAAGGAUGAGUUGGCGAGUUUUAAAGCAGAGAGCAAACGCCUGAUCUUACAGCUGAGGGGACGCAUCAAUGAGUUGGAGGCUGAGCUGGCCGAGCAGCAACACCUGAAACAGCAGGCUUUGGAUGAGAAUGAGUUUGUGAAGGCUGAACUCGAGGAGGUGAAAAAGAAGCAGGAUGUCACGGAGAAAGCCCAGAGGAGCCUCACAGAAAUCGAACGAAAAGCUCAAGCUAAUGAACAAAGGUACACAAAGUUGAAGGAGAAGUACACUGAACUGGUUCAAAACCAUGCAGAUUUGCUCCGAAAGAACGCAGAGGUCAUGAAACAAAUGACUUUGUUUCGUCAGACGCAGGAAGACAUGGAACAGAUGAAGAAGGAGCUGGAGGAAACAGUGCAGCAGCUGGAAGACAGCAUGGAGCAGAAAGAACAGGAGCAGACUCACAAAUUAGACGCUCUACAGGAAAAGCUGCAAUCCAGGAAUGCAGAAGUUCUAUCUUUGAAAAGCACCCACGAGGACUCAAAACAGACGAGCACUGUGAUGGCAUCAACCAUUGAAUCGCUGGCGUCAGAGAAGACGGCUCUAAGUCAGGCUGUGGAUGAGAAGGAGAGCACAUUAACUCUGCUGCGGGGCGAGCUGGAGCAGGCGAAGGAGGCCCUGACUGCGGAGAAGGACAGCACGAAUCGAACGGUCGAGGGGCUGCAAAAUCAGCUGAAUGAAAAGGAGAGCCAUGAGCAAGCUCUGGAGAAGCAGCUGCUCGAUGAACAGUUUGCUCUUCUGCGCUCUGCAGUCGAGGAAGCGGAGGGAAUCAUUCAGGAUGCACUGAAUAGGUUGGAGGACCCACUUCAUUUUGGCUGCACCAGUUCUGCAGAUUAUCUCAUAACAAGAGCUCAAGCUACACAGGAUUCCCUCAGCAGACUACAGAAUGGGCAUACAAAGUACCUGGCUGACAAAAAAGACGCUAGCCCUCUGCUGCAGUCAGUGACCCUCUUUACCCAUUUGAUGAGUGACACCAUUGUUCAAGGUAGCGCCACAUCCCAUAUGGUUCCAAUGGAGCAGGCGGAUAACCUGUUGGAUGCGUGUAAGCGGUGUGGCAGUGACGUGCUCUCGUACUUCUCCAAUUUGAAGGACUCUACAACACUGAGCAUUGCAGAUUGCACAAAAGUGAGAGAGAGUCUGAACCAGAUAAACGCCAUCGCAGAGGAACUGAGGCCCAAAGGAAGAGACAUCAAACAAAAAGAACUGGGUGACCUUGUGGAGCAGGAGAUGUGUUCCACAUCAGCAGCUGUAGAGGCAGCUACUGCGAGGAUAGAGGAAAUGCUGAACAAGUCAAGGGCAGGAGACACCGGUGCAAAGCUGGAGGUGAAUGCGAGGAUCCUUGAAUCUUGCACAGGCUUGAUGCAUGCUAUCAAAGUGUUGGUUCUGUCAUCGAAGGAUCUACAGAGAGACAUAGUGGAGAGUGGAAGGGGGGCAGCGUCCCAGAAGGAGUUUUACGCCAAGAACUCCCGAUGGACUGAAGGCCUCAUCUCUGCAUCAAAGGCUGUAGGCUGGGGAGCCACUGUAUUGGUGGAUGCUGCAGACUUGGUUGUCCAGGGAAAGGGGAAGUUUGAAGAGUUAAUGGUGUGUUCUCAUGAGAUUGCAGCCAGUACAGCACAACUGGUUGCUGCCUCCAAGGUAAAAGCAGAUAAAGACAACUGUAACCUUGGAAGGCUGCGGGAAGCGUCCAAGGGUGUUAACGAAGCCACAGCCAAAGUAGUGGCUUCCACCAAAUCGGGAAAGUUCCAGAUUGAGGAGAAAGAUACAAUGGAUUUCUCCAGCAUGACACUGACACAAAUCAAGCGACAGGAAAUGGAUUCGCAGGUUCAUGUUCUAGAACUGGAAAGUCAGCUACAGAAAGAGAGGGAGCGUCUGGGUGGAUUACGGAAAAAGCAUUAUGAGCUGGCAGGAGUCUCUGAAGGCUGGGAUGAAGAUACCAAAUAGGUGCUGAGUGAAGAAUGAGACACGGAGAUUGUGAGAAUGUAUCCUCCAAUCAAAGACUGAAUGAACAUUGAAACUCUGAGCACACAAAACCCUCUCCAUUCUCUCCAGCUUCGAGAGAAUACAUGCAGUAACCGCGAGCCUUGGCCAGAAUGGUCCUACACUUCUGCAUCAGUGUUUUCCAAUUGUAUUCCAGGAUUCUGUCACUAUUUGACACAGCGCUGUUAUGUUCCUUUAUUUAUUACAAGUAUAUUUUUACCUUUUGUUUUUGCACACCAGUGGUAAGUAUUAUGCUAGCCUUUGCAUUUCCAGUACCUGCAACAAUUUUAGUUUUACUAUUUAUACCCCCUUUGCCGGCACAUAUCAGUAACCUGCAGGAAGAUAUGACAGUUUUGUAACAUUUCAAGUGCUUUACUUUUUCCUCUAUUCAAAACUACGUUGAAUGGUGAGCAAUGGUUUGCUGUAUUGUUAAGACAGAGACCAGAGAGUCCCAAGUUCUCCGUGAUCUGUGUUCAGCCCAAAUCAGCAAUCAGGUUAGCAAUUAUUGUAGGUCUAACAGGUCAGUGAAGAAAUGGAAAGAGUGCCAAUAUUCUUUUUGUUGUGUACUCCGUUUUUGUAAUGGAUAGGGAGGGUAUGCUGCUGUCCUUCACCUAGUAUCUUAUUGUCCAGUCUGACUGACGCGAAUACUCUUUGAUAUGCAUUCCCGGAGGAAGGACAGUGUAAUUUGGAAAUGUGGCACAACACCAGUGUACUUUCUUUAAAAGUGGUCAGAAUAAGUAAUUUGGUUGUAUUUCCUGUACAAAGGACAUGUCUCUAGAAUCAUUGCAAGAGCCCAGUGUGAUUUGUUCGCAGCCCAGUGGCAGCUUUUUAUUAUCCCACAAGGUUUGCGGACAAUGCAAGAAAAUAUACCAUUUCAUGUCCAUCUAUAAUUGUCCAUGAGAAAGUGGGGUGGGGCUGUUUUCCUUAAUGGCCCCAUUCACACUGUGAUAGUAUUUAUUGAAAGCUAUUAGGUGGAAAAUUUUGAUCUAACAAUAAGGAAAUGGAAAUGUGGUCUGAAUGAUGUACAACGUGAAGGGAAUGUGCAUGUGAUUGCGUUCCCUUGUUGUUGCUGCCUUUGCCCUUACAUUCUGCAUGCAGUUCUUUGCCAUCUUGUUGCACUGCAUUCUACGGCACAGUAGGGCCUGACCAUUGCUGUUGUUGAUGCUCCAUUUACUUACCCCUACCCUUUCAAAAUGCUGGCAGAGACACAAGAGAUUGCAGAUUCUGGAGUCUGGAGCAAAGAAUAAACUGCUGGGGAACUCGAGCAGCUUCUGAUGUUGUCUGGCAUGCUGAAUUCUUCCAGUGGUUUGGUUUCUAUUGCUAUGUUUUCUUAUUUUCUCCCUUGUAUUUAUCCAACCUUUUCUUCCCUCCAGUUCAUCCCACUGCCAUCCCUAUUCCCCUUCUGCUUCAUGCAUGGUAGAACUUACUGCACAGUGACUAUCUCAGAACAUAUCCCUUGCUAUGUCGAUGCUCUAUGCUACGUUGAGAUUUGCAGAGGAAGAAGUGAAAGAGCAAUAUCGAUCUGUGGUGUUGACUUUUACUUAAUCUAAUUUCAGCUUUAGGAAGAGAGAGGAAAGUAAAGUUUUAUAUUAGUUUACUGGUCAGCAGCUGCAAGUCAAUAAUGUACCGUUCCAGUGCUGGUGAAGGGGGUUCAUCGGUUGAGAGAUAAAACACUCAGAUUUAUAACUACUUGGGAGAAAGUAUGAUUUUAACAAUUUAUUUUAAAUGAAUUAAGUUUACCCAUGACAAGUCUGCUAAUGUAUCUCAAAAUAUCUUGAUUAUUACUUUCCUGAACAUAUUAGACAUUCUAAUUCCCUUCAUAGCUUAACAUAAACAUUUUUUUAAGCAGGAAAGUUUGACAUGACUUGUUCUUUGCAAUCGAACAUUGGUUGUAUGACCGCACCAGCAAUGAUCCAUGGAUGAUGUCUACUGAGAAUGUUUCCCCUUUCAUUGCAAACUGUGACUGAUCUAUUGCAGGGAUUUGAUUGCUGUGGCAUUAUUCUCUAACUCUGAGCACACUUACAGAAACAAUACUCUGCACCCAUGCUCCUGUAAUGAAUUUAUUCCAACUUUGUACCAGCCUGACUUUAUACUUUUUAAUAUUUGUUUUAAAUCAUAAAAAUAGAGAUUUUCA